AUCAUUAUUUUAUAUAAAUAAACAAAAAUAAAAAUAAAAGACACUUCUUAGCAAUUAAUAUUAUGAUCCCAUUUAAUGCUUCAGAGAGGAAAGAAACAUUCAAACAUAAAUAAACUCCAAAAAGACGUCAAACCAGAGACUCAUGCGUCCACCAGUUGACUCCAAAAAGACUUUUACCUGAAACAAUUUCUCUACUUGGAGACCAAGUCGCCUCAACUGUAUGUGUUGAAGAUGAUAUAAACCAUACUUUCUUGUUCAUUUCUGUAGCUAAUUCAUCAAAUUUUCCAUCUGGGCAUCAAGUUAAUUUCUCUAGAUUAGUAGAUGAUUACCUUAAACUAAUGCCAAAUCAACACAAUUUCCCAUCUUACGUCUUGUUAGUUUUUCCGCAUUCAAGCUCCUACUGUUGUUAAUUUCCCUGAAUUCGUUCCAUUUCUUACCAUGAGAAAAAUCAAAUUUCCAGUACAGUUUUUGGUGUUGUUUCUGAUUGUUAAUCGAAUCGAAUCAAGAUGUAAAAACGAAUGCCUUGCUUUGGCUUCAUACCGGAUGUGGGUAAGAUCAAACAUCACAUUCGUAUCGCAAAUCUUCUCCACCAAAAUCCCCCAAAUUCAAAGUUACAACCCCCAAAUCACAAAUCCAGACACAGUUGCUGAGGGUUCAAGAGUAAACGUACCUUUUUCGUGUUCCUGUGAAGAUCGAGGUUUUCUGAGUCAUCGAUUCGUGUAUAAUGUUAGUCCCGAGAACACCUACUCGUGGAUCGCAGGGACUGGCUUUUCGAAUCUGACAACUGUAAGUAUGUUGAGGAAUUACAAUACGUAUAAUGAGUUUAACAUUCCUUUAGGUAGUGAAGUAAAUGUUGUAGUGAACUGUUCUUGUGGGGAUAAAAGUGUUUCGAAGGAUUAUGGAUUGUUCAUCACGUAUCCGAUUCAAAGUGGUGAGAGUUUGUCCUCAAUUGCUAAUGAAAGUGGGAUUAACGAGAAUCUUUUGAGGGAUUAUAAUCCGAGAUCGAGUUUUAGUAGCGGGGAUUUGGUGUUUAUUCCUGGAAGAGAUCAAAAUGGAACUUUUCCGCCUUUGAAGACAAGCACAAAGGGUUUAUCGGGAAGUGCCACUGUCGGAGCAUCUGUUGGAGCAGUUGUCGGGGUUCUUUUGUUGGGGAUUUGCAUCUACUUUGGAUUUUACAGAAGGAAGAGGGUUGCGGAAGGAUCAUUUCUCGAAGAAAAUGCAAACGAACUUCAUCUUGGUAUUAUGCGUAACAUAAGCUUCGAACACUAUACAAGAUUAAUAGACGUUGUUGUUGACUUUGGUGAAGCUUCGGAUAGUAAUUUGGGAAGAAGGGUGGAGUCAGGUCAUCUUAUUGGUGGUGCACCACCAGGUGUCACCGGUAUAACCGUGGAUAAGUCGGUGGAGUUCACAUACGAGGAGCUAUCCAAGGCUACUGAUGAGUUUAGCAUGGCUAAUAAGAUUGGCCAAGGUGGUUUUGGAGCUGUUUAUUAUGGAGAGCUUCGUGGCGAGAAAGCAGCAAUAAAGAAGAUGGAUAUGCAAGCAUCAAAAGAAUUUCUUGCUGAGUUGAAGGUCUUAACACAUGUUCAUCACUUGAACCUGGUACGUUUGAUAGGAUAUUGUGUAGAAGGAUCGUUGUUUUUGGUGUAUGAGUUUAUUGAAAAUGGCAAUUUGAGUCAACAUUUGCGUGGUUCAUUAGGGAGGCAGCCAAUUCCAUGGGCUACAAGGGUACAAAUUGCCCUUGAUUCGGCUAGAGGGCUUGAAUACAUACAUGAGCACACAGUUCCUGUGUAUAUUCAUCGUGAUAUCAAGUCUCCUAACAUUUUAAUCGAUCAAAACUAUCGUGCAAAGGUUGCUGAUUUUGGGCUAGCAAAACUUACAGAAGUUGGGAGCGGUUCCUUACAAACCCGUUUAGUCGGAACAUUUGGAUACAUGCCUCCAGAAUAUGCUCAAUAUGGUGAGGUUUCUCCAAAGGUUGAUGUAUAUGCUUUUGGGGUUGUUUUAUUUGAACUAAUAUCAGCUAAAGAAGCCAUUGUCAAGGCAAAUGAAUUGUCUAGUGAGUCUAAAGGACUUGUCGGUUUGUUUGAGGAGGUCUUAAGUUUGUCUAAUCCAAAUGAAGCUCUAUGCAAACUAAUAGAUCCGAGGCUUGGAGCUGAUUACCCUAUCGACUCUAUCUGCAAGAUAGCCCAGCUUGCUAAAGCAUGUACACACGAAAACCCUCAAUUGAGGCCGAGCAUGCGGUCGAUUGUGGUUGCACUAAUGACAUUGUCAUCUUCAACCGAGGAUUGGGACGUUGGUUCUUUCUAUGAAAAUCAAGGUUUGGUUCAACUUAUGUCAGGAAGGUAGUAUAAUGUUGUUAUGCCACAUAAGCAUCCAAGUCAUACGAGGUUGUGCCACAUAAGCAACUAGACAUGGUUUGAUAGAAACUAGUAUAAUUCCAUUUUCUUGUAUAUUUCUUUGAAUUUAAUGUAAUUAGUAGUAUAGAGUUAUACUUUUUUUUUUUUAACAUCAAUAAUAAAUGUGUCCAAGUGUAACAUCCCAAAUUUAUAGAGU